AUGAAGGAACAGUUUCAAUCUCAAUCUCCGUCACUAGAAGAUUGCUUGAAGCUGUUAAAAGGCGAGAGAGAUGAACAACGCCUCGCUGGUUUGCUUCUCGUCACUAAAUUUUGUAAAGGCGACGACGUCGGUUCGCUUCGCAAGGUUUAUGAUGCAGUUGGUGUUCGGUUCCUGGACCGACUCCUGAGAACUGGAUUGGGAAAAGGAACGAAUAGUAGUAGCAGCGUAGGCGUUAAUCGUGAUGCAUAUCUGCAGCUAUCACUUGUUAACCAAAGAUGUUUUUAUCAUAGGACCAGAUUUGAACUUUUCUCAUCACUUACGGUUCUUGCUGCAUUUUGCCGUGUUCCUGAGAUUGCUUCUUCGGAAGAUAUGGUUGCGAAGAUUCCGUUUAUCGUAGAAAUAAUGUCAAAGGAGGCCGGUGCAUCUGUUAUUGAAGAAUGCUUUGAGUUUUUAUAUCUGGUAACAGCAGCUACUGGAGAUGGAGUCACAACAUUGUUUGAAUGUGGAGGCAUGAGAGUGCUGGUUUCUCAGAUGUCUACUUUGCCGGAUGGUUCUCACUCAAUGGAAGUUGCUAUUAAACUUGUACAAUUGAUGCUGAGUAAGCUCUCUCUGGAAAUUAUUAUGAAUGAUCACUUAUCAGAGCUGUCAAUGAUGGCGGUGACAAUAGCUAGACAGUUUGCUAUGUUACACAAUGCACUGAAGUUUGAAUCACUUCACUUACUCUCUGCCAUUUUAUCUUCACAUUACUCGGCACCUCUUCAUGCUGCUCUUCGGUUAAUGCCAGACAGAAUUUGGUCAAUGUAUAUGUAUGUUGGUAUUGUAGCCAUUUUACAGAACCGUGUUGCACCUGCCGAGAAGCUUCAAGCCCUUAUUUUGGCUGAAUCUAUGGUUUCUAUAAUGGGUGAAGAAUGGCUGAUCAGUAAGAUAGAGUUGCCUGAUAUACAGGACUCUAUUCCAGUUGACAGGUGCCUUUUGCUUGUCUUAGAGUCAUCAAGGGUUGAGAUUGCUGUUUUGCUAAAUGAGCUUGCCUACUUGAAAUAUGAAGCUCCUAAGAAUACUUCAACAACCUCUGAAAAUUUUGUCUUAAAGCAACGGAAUGUGGCUGUUGCCUUUUCCCUGGUAGAGAAGAUUAUAAAGUUAAUAUCAAACAUUGGUGAAAACGAAGGGGACCUUAUCAAUGAAAAUACUUUCACAAAGGUGAUCAAUGGGCUCAAUGAAACAAUUGGUGUAGUUCUAGAGUAUCUACAGGAUGCAAAGGAACAUGGACAAACAAAAGGAAAUGAUCUUCUUGCUUCAGUGCGGCUUGUUGGGAGUUACCUUGCAGAAACGCCAGUAGCUUGUAAGGAGAAGGUGAGAGAACUUUUACAGUAUAUGCUUAUGAUUGAAGGUGAAGAUGAACCAAGCCCUUUUUAUUCUAUUUGCUUUCUGCUUCCUAUGCUCUGUCAAACUACAAUGGAAAUUGAAGGAUGUAAAGCUUUGGCAUCUUCUGGAGGUUAUAAAGCUGUUGUUGAAUGCCUCAUAAAAUUGAUUGGACCAGGUUGCAAUGAGGUUGAGAAUAACAGUUGCAUCUUCUUGGCAUGUGAUACAAUCUUGAAUCUUCUUUUGAAAAAGGAACAAGUGCAAUUUCCAGUGGAUGAAUCAAUGCUUCAUCUUUUGAAAGCAUUGGCAUACCGGACAGAUAACACUGAUGACACAUCUGUCAUUAUGAUGGCUUCAAGUAUUUGUGCUCUUAUAUUUGAUAUGACGUCAGAGGAGGCUCUUGUGAAAAAUCCUAACUUUGACAAUAACUCUCUUAAUAGUUUGUCUCGGCUCAUUGCUAGAAGUUUGGCUUCUUGGGGGCAGGAUAAGUCUGAUGCUGCUAAAGCAGAUAUGGAUCUUCUUGAGAUAGUUACGGCAGGAUAUUCACGGUGGGCUCAUCGUUUUCCUCACAUAAGAGAGGCAGUUGAGAGAUAACUUGAUCAGAUCGACAAAUUAUUUAAGUUGGUUUCAUCCUGAUUUAAUUUAAUCAUAUAGUUCUUAUGUGAAAAUACCAGGUAUGUCUAAAACGUCUAAAUCCCUUCCGGGGAAGUUCAUGAUCUUUCGUGAAAUUUUUGUAUUGGUAACUGUUGCUGCUUCCCUUUCUCAUGUAUAUACAUAUGUAUGUAGAAAUUUUAUUCAGAUGAAAAGAAAAAGAACUAUGUAUUGCUAUAUGUUAUCUAAUUUGGCCAUCUGUGGCGUUGCGUCAAGAUUUCUUCUGUGGGUUAGCCAUGGAUAAGAAACUGACAAUCGGAUUUAAGUCAUGCAACAAAUUGAAGAGGCUUGACAACAUUGAUAACCAGUAUUCUUAUUUGAUAUAAAAAUGGGA